CGGUCCGUGUUCACCGCGCAGCGUUCCCGUUUAACACACGGUAGUGAGUAAGUUGUUAUCGCCGUUCGCCGGUCCGCCGCCGCCGCCACCGCCGCCGACGUCAGUUUCAACCCCACGUGAUUUUGGCGCGCGACUAUCGAACUCGGCCCGAUACGCCGCGAAUAAAAUAUAACUGCAUCACUACCUAUGUAACAUUAUUGUUUUAAUUGUUGUCGUUAAGGCGCCGCAACAACAAUAAUAAAAAAUAUUUUCGUUAUUAACAAGAGUUAUCUUUCUCGACUCGCCCGCGUAAUAACUUUGUCGACCCAGCGUAUCGUCCGUCGCGCGUUCGCGUCGUUUCGCGCGUCYGUGUCCAACCGCGUUUGCCGUGCGCUAGACGAGUCGGUUGUUUAAUGUAUCCGUGGUAUCCGAGAGAUACGGCCGAAGUGCAGGUGUGCGCCACAGGACCGCAGUCGUCCGGCAGCCCGACGUCCGCCACGUCGCCGGCCAUCAAGAGCGAAAGCGGUUCGGCGUACGGCGACUGCAUGGAUUAUGCAUUACAUGCAAAGAAGGCGGCUUUCCUGUGGCCGUCGCCGGAGCAACAGGCACAACAGCAGCAGCAACAGCAGCAGCAGCAGCAGCAACAGCAACAGCAACAACAGCAACAACAACACCAACAACAGCAGCAACAGCAACAACAGCAGCAGAAUAACCUGGGCGCGACCGGUGGUCAGACUUUAGGCCCCGGCGCCGGUAACCUGAACAACAACAACAAUAACAGUAGCAGUAACAACAACAAUAACAACAACAGCCACCUAAACGGUAACAAGUGUGGCGUCGGCAGUGCCGGGUCGGCCGUCCACCCGCAACACCUACAACAGCAAGGUGGCGCGGCCACCGGGGCGGGCGGCACCGGACUGGUGCACUGGAUGUCCAUGAUGGCCGAGCACAUGAACAACGCCGCGGCUACACAUCACCAUCACCAUCAUCCGCACCAUCAUCAUCACCCAGCCGAUCCGGCCAACGCCAUGCACUACAUGUGGAACACGCCUGCCGUCGACGUGCAAUGCGGAGGACAUGGAAAAGAAGUGGACUAUAGUUGGACUAGACAGACAGCCAUGAAACAAGGCUAUGAGGUGAAAAUGAAUAACAACGAUCAUAUUCAACAACUUUCAAAAGGUGGUAUGGAAGAUGGUUCCGGUAUGUACCAGCAGCACGGGGGUGGUACGCCGAGGUCGCAUAGUACGGCAAGUACGGCUAGCAGCAUUUCACCCACUGGUAACUCAGCAACGCCCAUGUUAAUCGUACCACAUCCGAUAAAUGCAGCUAAAAUCACGGAUGCACAUCACGUGGUCACACAUCAAAAUGGUGGCGKCCGAAAAUAUACUUGCAAAAUGUGCCCAUCGGGUCGCGGUAGGAAGCGGGGCGUGAACAAAGGUAGAGACGGUCUCGGAUGGUCGAGUGUGGACCACGGAAACCCAGAGCAGAUAUUUGCGUCCAAGUCGGAAUUGCAAUUGCACUCCCAGCUACACGUCAAAGACGUGAAACCGUACAAAUGUCAUCAGUGCAACAAAACAUUCGCCAACAGUUCGUACCUGAGUCAGCACACGCGCAUCCAUCUGGGCAUCAAACCGUACCGAUGUGACAUCUGCCAGCGGAGGUUCACGCAGCUCAGCCACCUGCAGCAGCACAUACGCACACAUACCGGCGACAAGCCGUACAAGUGCAGGCACCCGGGAUGCACCAAGGCAUUUUCGCAGCUCAGCAACCUGCAGUCGCACUCCCGGUGCCACCAGACGGACAAGCCGUUCAAGUGUAACUCGUGCUAUAAGUGCUUCCAGGACGAGCAGUCACUGCUCGAGCACAUACCCAAGCACAAGGAGUCCAAACACCUCAAAACGCACAUAUGCCAGUACUGUGGCAAGUCGUACACGCAAGAAACGUACCUGUCCAAGCACAUGCAGAAGCACGCCGAGCGGAUGGACAAGCGGCCRCCGAUCAUCGGCAUACCGCGAGUGGCCCUGGAGAACGGCGCGUACUGGGGAAAGAUGUCGCCAGAUACGGCCAACAACUUGGUGGAAGCCAUCAACCAGCAACAGCAGCAGCAAGAAUGCAUGCAAGGAGGAGGCGGUAGCGGUGGUUCCAACGGCGGCGGCGGUGUCGCAACCGCCGGCGACUUGAACGCCGGUGGACCGUCUAGCACCGCAGCGUCUGUGUCCGCCGACGAUCAGCCGUCCAACAGGCACGGCGCCCACCUACCCCCCGCUCCGCCAGAGUACCUGUCGGACACUUCGUCCGUGCCCAAGACGAGUACGUCCGCGUUCACGCCCAUCCAGUCGUUCGGACUGCCGACGCACCCACCGCCGCCACCAUCRCACCAUCCGCACCACCCGCACCAUCAGCAGCACCACCAGCAGACCAUGUACAUGCCGUACAACCACUUGUCGUUCUCGGGCGCCAAGCAGCUGGGCGCGCACGGCCACCAACUGUCGCCGAUGGCCGGGCCCAUGGACAUGAAGCCGCCGUCCGUCGGGUCCGUGCCCAACGGGUUCCCCAACCAGCUGAUCUCGCUGCACCACAUACGCAACUACUCACACCAGCCGAGUCCGUCGUCCAUCAUGUCCGAACAUCUGUUGCAUGGCAUGAAGGAUAAGGUGCAGUAGUAGUGGGUGAUAAGCGGCUGGCAUCGUCGUACCCACUACGUUUAUAUUAUCAUAAUAAUUGUACCCACAUUGGCACGUUGCCGCGAUUCCCGGGGACGUACCAUAUGUCGUAAUAUCUGUAUUUUUGUAUAGUUCAAUAUUAUGCAUAAUGUCAUAAUAAUACUAUUAUUAUAUGUGUAUCGGUACGCGGAAAACCGUAUUGAUAAUAAUAUUUAUGAAACGCCCGCACGGUAUUCCUUGUAAUAUUAUAUAUUAAUAUCAUCGUCGUUGUCGCCUGUGUCGAAUGUGAUUAGAUUAAAUAUAUAUUGAAAUACGCAUACAUUUAUAUCAGGUUAGGACGUUAGGUGUACUGGCUGUAGAUAUUAUGUAUGUAUAUAUUAAAUUAUGUAUAAUAUCUACCUUGCGACACGAGCCAACUGUGAUGACGCACGCAACAGCGAACUGUCGACGACCGCCACAAUUUUCUCGCCGAUAUACGCCGUUUAUUAUUAUUAUUAUUAUUAUUAUUAUUUGUAUUAUUAUAAUUAUUAUUAUCAAUAUUAUUAUUAUUAU